AUGAUGCUGGUGAUUUCCAGAUAUUACGCCAUGGCACUAUGGCAUCUGGUGUGGAGGCCCUACGCCGUGACCCGAUCGCUAGGACGACAGGGCAUUCGAGGGCCACCGUAUACAUUCGCCGUCGGGUCCCUGGGGGAGUGCAAGCGGAUGAUUGUUGCUGGGAGAGCAAAGCCUCUCCACGCCGGCUGCCACGACUACACCUCCCUCGUGCAACCUUUCUUCCAGAAAUGCACUUCUGACUAUGGAAAAACAUUUCUGUUUUGGCUCGGACCAAUACCGUCAAUCUGUUCUACUGACAUCGAGCUAGUCAAAGAAGUGCUCGCAGACAGGACAAACUUAUUCCAAAAGGACUACCUCAACCCUAGUUUGGAAGUAUUUUUUGGCAAAGGGCUUGUGCUUGCAAACGGAGACGACUGGAAGAGACAGCGCAAAGUUGUCCACCCAGUUUUCAAGCAAGAGAAGCUCAAGUCCGUGUCCGCUCUAGCGUCCAAGGGUGCACAGAAGAUGAUGGAGGAAUGGUCCGCCAAGAUACAAAUGAGCAACACAUAUAAAACCAAGAUAGACAUGAGAAGUUACUCGGAAAAGUUGGCCCUAGGAGUCAUUGAAGGUGUGAUCUUUGGCCAGAAAACAAAGGAAUCUGGUGAGGUGUUUGUUGCUCUUAAGGAGCUCGAGAAGCUUGCGGUACAAGCACUUUUAGCACCCCCUAUACCUGGGUUCAGGUAA